AUGGCGUCCAGCUACACCAUUCACCCGGCCAAGGCCGCUCCUACGCUAAACAUCCCCAAAGGUGCUUCUGCCACAGUUUCAAUCAUUGAUACCACCUCUAGGAUACAGGCACCUGUCGGCCUUUUCAUGCACCCGGCCAUACCCGGACACGAACAUCUCAACGCUCCGGCGUUCAGCUUCUUGAUAGAGCAGCAAAAGUCUAGGCGGAAAAUCCUGUUUGAUCUGGGAUUGAGAAAGGAUUGGCAAAGUCAUCCUCCUGCCGUUCUCAAACUCAUCUCGGGACCUGGCUGGGCAAUGGAGAUUCAAAAGAACGUGGCCGAUAUUUUGCAAGAAAAUGGGGUUGAUGUCGCUGGCGGCUCGAUUGAAGCGGUUAUCUGGAGCCACUGGCAUUUCGACCACACCGGUGAUGUUUCCACCUUCCCUGACAGUACCAAGUUGAUCGGAGGAGGGGGGGUAAAGGAUGCUUUCUUUCCGGCUUAUCCUCACAACGGCGAAUCGCCUCUUCUUGAGAGUGACUUUGCGGGUCGCGAGUACGAAGAAAUUGACUUCGACAAGGGGCCGACACACAAAGUCGGUAAUUACAGAGGUAUCGACUAUUUCGGAGAUGGGUCCUUCUAUAUCCUUGAUGCACCUGGCCAUGCUAUUGGGCACGUAGUUGGUCUUGCCCGUGUGACAUCGACUCAAGACGGCGACCCUGAAGAUACAUUUGUCUUGAUGGGAGCUGAUACAGCUCACCAUGGCGGAGAAUUCAGACCAACUGAAUACCUUCCCAUCCCCAAAGAUAUUACGCCGUCUCCCUAUGUUGCUAAGUAUGCUUCGACUUGCCCUGGUCAUAUCUUUGAGUCGAUCCACCCGCGCAAGAAGGCAGUCGACCCUUUCUACCACCUUCACGAUGAAGUUCCACACAACAAACAACAAGCCGACCACUCGUGUGGGCUGAUGCAGGAAUUCGAUGCUGCGGACAACGUUUUCGUCAUCAUCGCUCACGAUGCAACCUUGCUGGAUCCACGAGUCGGAAUUGAGUGGUUCCCACAUGGAACGCUCAAGAACUGGAAGGUUAAGGACUCCGACAAUAAGGCUCGCUGGUUGUUCUUGCAGGACUUCACACAGGCUCUAAAAUAA